CACAACACCGGAAGCGAGCGGCUGGUGUUACACAGAAUUGUUUCCCCCUGACUGUCACCGGUCAGUCUGUCAACAUGGCCUCUGCAGUGUGCGGAAGAUUCCUCCUUCACAGAUCAACAUCGAGGUUUCUGUUCUCCUCCAGGGCGGUACCCGCUUUCUCCAGCCCAUUUCUGUCUCGUGGUCAUAGACUGGAACCUGGUGAUGAUGAGCUGUACCAGCGUACCACGGUGUCCGUCAUGCAGAAGGAACGCGAUGGAGGGAUCCUGAUUAACAGCUACAGUUCUGCAGGUUUCAACAUUGAUGGUAACAGGGUGUUUGGUCCCUGUGCUCUGCUGCCCCCUGCUAUCCUGCAGUGGAAUGUUGGCACUCAUAAGGACAUCACAGAAGAAAGCGUUUCACUCUUCCACAUGCUUGAACCAAGAAUAGAGCUCCUCGUACUGGGUACAGGCGCACGGCUUGAACGGAUUGAUCCCUCGGUCCUCGCUCUUCUUAAGCGUAAAGGCAUUGCUGUGGAGGUGCAGGACACGCCGAAUGCCUGUGCAACCUUCAACUUCCUGGUUAGUGAGCGAAGAGUGGUGGCGGCUGGUCUGAUCCCUCCUUCUGCCAGCACAGCCCUCGAAGUACAACAGGAAUAAAUGUUGUCAUGUGUCAACAGGAUCUAGGACUGAUUGCUGCAGAUUGAGGCUGGAGGCUCACUGACUAAUGUGAUUGGUAUUCUACUUCUGCAAAAACCUCCCAAAGGAACAAACUAAGUCACGUCCAGCUCUGAUGCUUAGUUCCAACAGUUACUUUUUUUUGUAGAUUAAAACAAUUAAAGUCACCACUGUCACUUGGUUGUCUGAGGCACAUUCUGUUAAGUAGUGCAUGAGAAUGUUGCACAGCACUGUUAUUAUGCCAGCAACCAGAUCUAGAUUUCAAAAUCUAGAUGUAGAGAUGAAUGCAGCUAUGUGUGCUUGUGAUUAACACAAACAAGUGCUCAGGUGAAUGUGAAGUGAGGAUGUCAAUGGUGGAGAAUAAAUUUGAAUAAUAUUCUUGUAUUUAAUUGCUAGUCUUCCAUGUAUAAAUUAUUUAUGGUAAAUGCUUUACAGGCUCAAGUGUGAUGCAUUUCAUGUAUUUUUCUGUUGACCAUAAAUGUAUAGUAAGACAAACUCAGCAAACUGUAUUUUUUCAUAUUUGAUGUGAUCUGUACACUUGUUAAACGGGAAUUCUAUGCAAAAAUCCCCAGAUGUUACAUGUGUAAAUAUAUUCCAGUAGGUUACCUGA